GGCGAUAUUUCGGUAUACUCAAACGGGAAAGAAGAAAAGGACGUGGCUACAAAACGGUAUCUUUCCACCGUAUUCUCAGAAGGUUCUAGCCUGUGGGGAGGAGACGACAAUGAAGUCCUAAUCCCUUGCUGGAGAAAAUCAACCAAUGUGAAACCAAGACAAUCAAGGGGUUAUGUAUUUAUAACUUUGGCUCAAGAUGCGGAAUAUCAUUUGUUCGAGAUUGCAAAUGCCGUUGUUGUUGCUCAGCACCUUGGAGCCUCUCUUGUCCUUCCAAACAUAAGAGGCAGUGAAGCAGGGGAGAAAUGGAAGUUUGGUGACAUUUAUGAUGUGAAGAAGUUGGUUGAAAGCCUGGAUGGGAAAGUGUCCCUAGCUAUGGAUCCACAAGAUGUAGACGUAUCUAAUAGUAAAAAGGUUACCACAGUGAGGGUUCCUAACAUGGUUUCCAAAGAAUUCAUCAACUCGCGAAUCGAGCCAAUAUUCACAAGAGCAAAUCUAAGGCUUGCCACUUACUUUCCUUCGCCGGAGCAUAAAAGCAAACCGAACCCAUAUGCAUGUUUGGCUAUGUUUGACACCCUCAAGUUGAGGCCAGAACUCCAAGAAUCUAUAGACUCCAUGGUCCUAACUCUAAGAAGCCUUAGCUCUCAUUCACGUGGGCGUUUUAUUGCAGUCGAUUAUAGGACCGAAACUCUGCUACACCAAGGUAGUAGUAAAUGUCACGACGACAAUGCAACGACAGAAGCAAGAAACUGCAUUGAUGAUGCCAAACAUAUAGCUUUGUUUUUACAGAAGGUUGGUUUUGCAAAAGAAACAACCAUUUACUUGACACUAAAUGGGUGGCAUUCUAGUGCAGAACCUUUGAGAGAAGCCUUUCCCAACACCUAUACUAAGGACAUGAUCAUCCCUGCAAAUGACAAACCAAACUUCUUGGAUCCCAAACAUCCUGAACUUAGGGGGAUUACGGAUGUCUAUAUAUCCUCAGUGGCAGAUGUUUAUGUUCAAACUUCAACAAACGUGUUUUCUGAGAAUGUUGCCGCAAGGAGAAUCGCUACUGGAAAGACACAAGUUCUUGUGCCGGACAAGGGAUCAUCAGAUUUGGAAAAAGACUUUGUUCCUGCAUAUAUAUCCCUGAAAAAACAUUGGGCAUAUUCAUGUUUUUGUUGAUGAAAGUAAUUAAGUGAAUCUUGAAAAGUGUCCAUAUGCACCAGCGUUUUAAGUUUAUGAAUAUAUGUGGUUUUCAAAAUAAAUCUAUUUCAUUGAGCUGAGUUAUAAUGCCUCAUUCAGAAUUGUUCUAAAGGAGUCAAAAUCGCAAUUUAAUAUAUUUAGAACUCUUAU